AUGUCGGCGGCACCGAGUGAAGAGGCCGUGAAAAAUGAGCCUCCAGUCACCAAGCCUGAUGCCCCUGUGGAUGCGGCUGAUAUGUUUGGUGGUUUGAAGAAGAAGAGCAAGAAGAAAAAGAUGCCGGUGGAUAUGGAUCUGGAACUGGAAGGCUCUCAGAGCGAGAAGCCUGCUGAAAAGAACGGUGCUGAUGCGCCUGCCUCAGCUGAAGGCCAGCAAGCGCCAGUUGAUGAUACGCCACUGGACUUCGGUGACUUGAAGAAGAAGAAAAAGAAGAAGGCUGCCUUUGAUCUUGAAGAGUUCGAGAAAGAGUUGAAUGAAACCCCUGACGCAGGAAAAACAGGUGAGACAGGAGAAAAAGAGGGCGGAGGUGGUGAUUCGGCGCCUGAUGCUGAGACGUGGCAAGGCACGGAUCGCGACUACACAUACCAGGAGCUUUUGAGCCGUAUUUUCCGCACAUUGCGUCAACAGAACCCUGCAUUGUCCGGCGAGAAGAAGAAAUACACGAUGGUUCCUCCUGUCGUUCAGCGCGACGGCUCGAAGAAGACCAUGUUCGCGAACGUUAUUGAGAUUUGCAAGCGCAUGCACCGUCAGCCUGACCAUGUCAUCCAGUACCUGUUCACAGAACUGGGUACGACGGGCUCCGUCGACGGUAGCCAGCGCCUUGUUAUUCGCGGUCGUUUCCAACCAAAGCAGAUCGAGAAUGUAUUGCGGCGAUACAUUGUGGAAUACGUCACAUGCAAAACGUGUCGCUCGCCCAAUACGCUCCUCACAAAAGAAAACCGUAUCUACUUUAUGCAGUGUGAGGCCUGUGGCUCGCAGCGCUCUGUCAGCGCCAUCAAGACAGGUUUCCAGGCCCAGACAGGCAAGCGCAGCAAGAUGCGCGAGUAG